UGCCCAGUAAUGCUGCUUCCUGCCUAAGCUGAACUGAUAUGACACUCUGCGUUGAGGGGAAGAAUCUCGACUUUGAGAUCAACGACUGCCCGGACUCUAGCAAUGAAGUCCAAAUUAGCCAUGACAGAAGGAUCAAGUGGUCACGACAAAUGGACAGCAUUCUUUCUUUGGUUGGAUACUGUGUUGGCCUCGGGAAUCUAUGGCGAUUCCCCUACUUCUGUAACAGAAACGGUGGCGGGGCGUUCCUCGUGCCAUAUCUGCUGUGCCUUGUCCUGGUAGGACUGCCCCUUUUCUUCCUGGAGCUUUCUAUUGGACAGUUUUCUGGAAGUGGGGCCAUGCACGUGUGGAGUAUAUGUCCACUGUUUAAAGGCCUUGGCUAUGUGAUGAGUAUUGCCUCUUUUAUCUGCUCCUUCUACUUCAACCUGAUCAUUGCCUGGUGCCUGUACUACCUGGUGAUGUCCUUCUAUCCUGUUCUACCCUGGACCACCUGCUCCAACUGGUGGAACACGCCAGCAUGUACCACCUUGAACACGCCCCUGUACUCUGACAAUUUAACGACAAGUAACAGUUUAACAUUGACCAGGAACAUCAGCAUGUCAAGUUAUGUCAACGAAAGCCUUUCCAACGUAUCAAGGUCAGCAGCAGAAGAGUUUUGGCAGUACAACGCACUGCGUGUUUCUGCUGGGUUGCACGACAUGGGAGGAAUACAGUGGCAUAUGGCUCUUGCAUUCUUUGCUGCAUGGGUCCUCAUAUUUCUCUGUCUGAUCAAAGGUGUCAAAUCUGCUGGAAAGGUGGUGUACGUGACGGCCCCCCUGCCCUACAUACUCCUCACAGUGAUCCUCAUCCGGGCCGUGACGCUGCCUGGUGCUGUCCAGGGUAUCAUCUACUACGUCAAGCCAGACUUCAGUCGACUUGCUGACUUCCAGGUGUGGAUGGAGGCGAUGCUGCAAAUGUUCUACUCUCUCGGCGUCACCUGGGGCGGCCUCCACACAAUAGCCAGCUACAACAGAUUCUCCAACAACUGCUACAGGGAUGCUGUCUUGAUAACAUUCCUCAGCGAAGGCACCAGUUUCUACGCAGGCUUUGCCAUCUUCGCUGUUCUUGGAUUCAUGGCAGAGAACAAAGGCGUUCACAUAUCAGAGGUCAUCAAAGCAGGACCUGGUCUUGGUUUUGUGGCUUACCCAGAAGCCCUUGCGCUACUUCCGGUACAACAGCUGUGGGCAGUCAUCUUCUUCAUCAUGCUUGUCGCAGUGGGAGUUGACUCCCAGUUUGGAACAACGGAAACAACAGUGACGGCAAUUGUAGAUACAUUUCCAAAUCAGCUUCAGCGACGGCGAGGUUUGGUGACUGCUGUUUUGUGUGGAUUCAGCUUCAUAUGUGGUCUUGUGCUGGUUACACGGGGCGGUAUCUAUGUGUUCAUGUUGAUCGACUGGUAUGUGGCGACCUUCAGCCUCCUGUUGGUGGGAAUCAUGGAGUGUGUCAUCAUCAGUUGGAUAUACGGUGCGGACCGGUUCAGUGGCGACAUCGAGAUGAUGCUUGGACGAAGACCCCCUGUCUUCAUGAAGACGCUGUGGUGUUUUGUAUCUCCACUUCUUAUGGCCCUUUGCUUCAUCCUGACUGUAGUCCAGUACGAGGCUCCUACAUACGGGGACUAUGUCUACCCGACAUACGGCGUUGCUAUUGGGUUCUGCAUCGGUCUGGUGUCCAUAGUACCGGUGCCAAUCUGUAUGAUACAAGAAUUGGUAAAGGCGAAUGGGUCAUUUGUUGAGAAAGUGCGAACCUGCUUGAGGCCAGACUCCACGUGGGGGCCAAUCUCCAGCAGGCACCGUGCUUUGUACACCAAAUCUGUGGAGGAGUCGGACUGGAGGAACGCCUUCAGGAUAUAUACAUGGUAGCGGGGGAUACGUAGUGCUUUGAACACCAAGUCUGUGGAGUCGGACUGGAGGAACGCCUUCAGGAUAUAUACAUGGUAGCG